AUGUCCAACAAUUGGUAUUCAGUCAUUGUAAAUGGAACUAGGCAUGGUUUCUUCCAUUCUACAAGACUAAAGCAAGGAGAUCCCUUUGCCCAUUCCUUGUUCAUCAUUGGGGCCGAGCUUCUGUCUAGAAUGCUUAACACCCUCAAUCAUAAUCAGUUUUUCAAUGGUUUUUAUAUGGAAAGCAGGGACCAUCAAGUCAAUCACCUCAGCUUUGUAGCUAAUAUCAUCAUAUUCUCCUAUGGUAAAAGGUCACCUCUUCAGAAAAUCAUGUGGCUAUUGAACAAGUAUGAGGAUACUUCUGGCCAACAGAUCAAUAGGCAAAAAAGUCAUUUCAUGACCUCCCUCUGUGUAUUUCAGUCAACAAUUAGAAGAAUCCAAGCAGUCAUAGGUUUCUCCAAAAAGCUAUCCCCUCUCACUUACCUGCGAUGUCCACUGUAUACUCGCAGGAUGAAAAUCAUCCACUUCAACAAUCUAAUCUCCAAAAUUGCGGGAAGAAUCAGGGGAUGGCAUGGCAAAAUGCUAUCACAUAGAGGAAGAGCUACUCUGAUAAAGCAUGUUCUCCAAUCUAUGCCAAUCUAUCUACUGUCCGCAGUCUCUCCUCCUAAGACAGUCAUGAAACAAAUUGAGAAGCUAGCAGUAAACUUCUUCUGGGGCAUGGAAGAUAAUGAAAGGAAAUACCACUGGGCUUCAUGGAAUAAAUUAUGCUUCCCUAUGAAUGAAGGGGGUAUGUGA